UAAAAACGMGAAGACCACCAAACUGAGACCGCCUUCACCCGGUGAGGAAAGUUGAGGAGAGAGCGAACAGGAAGUCUUUUUCCCUCAGGAGGAAGCCAAGUCUGGCUGCUGCAAAAGCAGCUGACCCCGUGGCUUCUGUCGGGAAGGAAUGCGCGAGCCGGAGACAGACAGACAGACGUAAUGUAGAGGAUCACCCUCCACUCUCUCACACCCUCUCACUCACCCAUUGAAUAUCAUUUCCUCCUCCCUCCCUCUCCCUCUCUCUCUCACACACACACACUUUCAGUUGCUGCGCUCUGACGGAUGGGGAAACACUGCCAAGGAGGACUAAGGGGUGAGAAGAGUGUGUUUCUUCUCCUCUUCUCCACUCUGGUGUGUUUUGUGGCGUUCUCUUAUGAGCUGUUAAUUUCAGCCCCGCACCCGAGGAUGAGGAGGAUCUAUUUGUGAAGAAGACGCAGCAAAAGAAGAAGGAAACAAGAAGCAACAGGGUGCCCAAUUCAGCGGAGCAGCUGAGGAUCUUUUCUUUUCCUCCAGGAUCRAGCAAGGAGUCCUGUCUCCCAGCAGCAGCAGCCAUGUGAGAGGAGCUGUCAGCAUGCAGAGGAUGCCCACAUCCAGCUAAAACAGAGCGGUCCUCCCCCUUCCCCAUCCSCCCCAACCUGCUCCCAUCCUCCUUCCCACAUGAGGACAAGAAGAUGACUAUCACCAGCCGGCAGUCCUUUAAUGUCCUGACGGUCAUCUUCCUCCUGCUGUCCACUGCAGCUCUCUCGGCUCAUUACCGGGUGUGCGAACCCUACUUCGACCAUAAAGGGCGGUACCACUUUGGAUUCCACUGCCCGCGCCUCUCAGACAACAAGACCUACAUGUUCUGCUGUCACCACAACAACACGGCCUUCAAGUACUGCUGCAACGACACCGAGUUUCAGAUGGUCAUGCAGGUCAACCUCACCACCACCUCAGACGGUUACGCACACAAUAAUUACACAGCCCUGGUCGGCGUGUGGAUCUACGGCUUCUUCGUCAUGGUGCUGCUGGCCCUGGACUUCCUCUACUACUCAGCCAUAAACUACGAGCUCUGCCGGAUCUACCUGGAGAAGUGGGGUCUGGGCGGCCGCUGGCUGAAGAAGGCCCGGAACCAGUGGCACCGGUCCAUGCCCGAGGAGAGCGAGGCCCAGGCCCAGCCCAUGGUGCCCAGCAGCCACUACCAACCCAGACACAGCCUCAGAGGAGAGAGCCACAGCCCCACGCUCCUGCCCUACAACACGUCCACCGCAUGAAUAAUGCCGAGUGGACAAACUGAAGAGUAGCAACACCUGGUUUCCUUAUACAGAACAGAGGAGAUGUCCCAGAACCCCUUCUUCUGUGUGGACUGCAGAUACKUCACCACCUUCGGCCUGGCCAUACCGCAGUAGUUUGUAGUGACUACUGCCAAUACGUAAUGAGCACAAACACCCGAGGGCGGACAGAAGCAGGGUGUUUUUUUUUUCUGUUUGUUUUUAGGAAGAGAUGAUCAAAGAGGACUCUUUCAGCCUCAGCAGAGGAGAGAGAGAGACGGGUUCAUUUUACUGCUUAGAGGGUUUUUCGUGAUCCUUUGAAAGCAAGCCGGCGCGGAGCGGCGAACUGGAAACCCCGAAACCCUGCUGACACAGCUCCUCUUUCUACAGUAGAUAUAAGAUGUUUAUCACACCGCUGUGUCACUUUGUGUUCAGUAGCAGUUAGACACAGUCGUGGAUUAUCUAUUUGGUGAAUUAUUUAUGUGAACUAGUAGGAGAAUUUCUAUGAGUGGCUAACUUUCUGAACAUCUAACAGCUUAGGUUGAUGCUGAGCAUCUCACUUAGAAUGUUUUUUUGUUUUGUUUUUUGUUAAAACCAGACAAACGUGUUCUCAGUGAUGCUAAAAAAAAAAAAAACAACAUCUUAUAAGAAAAUGUUUUAACUCCUCCUUGACAACGACGCAGCAUCGCACAGUUUAUCCUCUGGUGGUUUCAUGAUCCUGACAUGAAGUCCUCCAGAGGCCCUGUCUCUUCACCCAGAACAUUAUUGAGGAUCAGGGAUGCCUUCGCAGCAGCAGGAAGCUUUAUGCCAAGUUAAACACGUCCACAAUCCUUGGUGACAAGCCUUCAGACCAACAACAAAAGCCAGGCCGAUACUUUUAAGGUUUAGUUUGUAACGUUAUGACUCGUCUGAAGCUGCUCAAGCGGCGGCUUCAUUAGCAAUAUGAUGCAAUCGAUUAUCCGUAAGCUCCUUUAUAAGGAGCACUCUGUAUCCUGUACCGGUAAUUGAUAAUUGUAAGAAAUUAGCCAUGAUUUAAAAAAAAAAAAAAGAAAAGAAAAGAAAAAAAAAAGGAAAUCCAUCCAGGCCCCGUCAACACUGGCAGCAAUAAUGUACAGCAGCCUAAUCAGAAAGAUGAACUGGUGCCAUGAAUCCAGUAGGUUCUGACUGGGGAAAUCACCCAAACGCCUCACUGCAGACCGCGUACGYGCAGAGGAGAAGGAAGAGAAGAGAACAUGUUCGYGUUUCAGAGUAAAGGACUCGUGAGAAGGUCUCCAAAGAUUUCUGUGUCAGCUUUGUAGGAGCUUAAAUUAUCACCGCUUUGUGGAAGAAGAAAACUGUACUGGAGAGUCGCGUCCAGUCAGAGCUUUCAGACUUAAAGGUUAUUUACUGGAAAAUACGAGUCAAAAUGCCCUUCGUUAUUUUCAAGUCUCUUUCAGUUGGUUUUACAAAACAAAAGCCUAAAGCCACAAARCAGUGCCUGGUAAAAGUGUUCAAACCGAGUUUUUUUUUCGCAUCACAACCACACCCUCCAAUGUAUUUUUUGCAGCUUGUAACUGUGACCUAGAAGAAAAAUGUGACAUAUUUUUAAAAUCUGUUUUGCCAAUGAUUUGGAAAAAUAGCUCAAGUCUGAACUUGUGGAUGCCGCCACCAUGUUUCUCUGUAGGGGAUGRUACAUUCAGAGUGAUCUACUGUGUUUUCCUCCAGACGUCGUGUUUUACACGUAGCCAAAAAAAUUUAUCUUGGUCUCAUCUGGUCAGAGAUCCUUUUCCCCUCAUGUAUGCAUAACAACCCCCUAAACACAAAAUACGGCAAACAACAAAUAGGAAUUCUUACAGCUUAAUAAUCCCUUGCUGUUCUUUAUGCCACAUAAAGAGCAGCUUCUUCCACCUGAGGCCUUCGUCAAACACCUGGAUUUGCACUGAGCUUAAGCCGCAAGGCAGCUGGUUGCCCCGGAUUUUAUUUUAAACUCUCAGAAAACACGUUGAGGUUCGUGGUUGUGACGUGGCAAAGUGUGAGAAGAACCCCGAGGGGUGUGAACACUUUUGCGCAGCACUGUAAACGUAUUUAUUUAUUUUGGAUUGACGAGURAUUAUAAACGAGUUAAAUAUAACAACCUACUCUGAUUUUUAGUACCUAUUAGUCCACCGCCUGUUUUGCUCCGUUAAUGAAUGGACUGCUUCGCUCCAGUUUUAUCUUAAACUAGCAGGAACAUCCUCAGCUGUUUCGUCCUUUUGUUUUGUUGAUUUAUUCACCCAGUCGUGUCCCAUUUAGACACACUUAACGAAAAGCCACAGUGGACAAAGUCAUAACAACUAAGUUUUCACAUUUAAAUGGCUUAAAGGGAAAUUAGAGUCACUUUUGCCUAGAAUAUUAAUUACAGAAACACCAAAGUGAUUCCUAAUUGACUGACUAAAAGAUAUAAAGAUGAUAUUCAGCUCUACAAUCAUCUGAAGGUUAAUACUUUGGGCCGACUCUGAAUCAGCUGCUGAAUCCAGAAAAGAAAAAGAAAAAAAAAAAAUCCUGUUUUGGUAGAAAAGUCACACAAAGCAACUUGUGGUCAYUAGACCACUGACUCCAAACAAUUUGAUGGAACAAAAACAAACCAGAUAGAGGAUUUGAUUCUUUAAUCUCAGCGCUCUGUGAAGUUUAAGUGGAGCCGAACGGCGGCCUGCGUCAUCUGUUCCCCGUUAUCUCCAAUAAUAUUCAAAUUUGCUGAACCGCUAGAGCAACUUAAUUCCCACUUUCAGUAGCCGAAGUUUAAUUGCGCGCCUGCCCCAGAUGACUUGUGCCAUCAACUUCCAGGAGGCAGAGAAGAGGCGGGAUGUGUCCAAGCGAAAUAAUUGGCCCACAGCUCAAGUUCUGGCUCUUAAAUUACUCUCUCUCUCUUUCUCUUUCUCUCUCUCUCUGUCUCUCUCUCUCUGUCUCUCUCUCUCUCUCUCUGAGUGCGAAGAGCAGCAGCAGCGAACAGGAAGAAGUUUAACGGAGAAGAGAAGAGUCCCCAAAUCUGGAUCGAUUUAGAAUUAUAUUAAUAUAUUUUGGAGCGCUGUAUCUUUUUACCUUUUUUUUUUUUUUUUUACAUAUCACCAGUUAUAAAACGCAUUAGUCUUGUCUUACCCAGGGAAUUUAAAUCGAAAAUAACUUCAAUAUGCCUCCGACGAGUAGUAGCAGGAUCUUAGACGGAGUUCACCGUCCAGAGAUGUUUUGGGAAUCCUGACUUGUUUUCAAUGUUCCAAUCUGGUUUUUCUUGUGUGAUGUUUUCUGUUUCGUUGACAGUAGUCCUUACUCCGGCCUGACGUGAUGUGGUGCUGUCAAUCGUAUCAGCUCAAGCCUUUCUCCUGUACUGAAAACAAAUUAAUAAAUAAACAGAUGGAGGAGUGAGGGAGAGGGGGGGGGGCAAAGGAAGCACACAGCUGUUUCGGUCUCUCCAGGUUGUCAUGGUAACAAUUGCCUUACAGUUAAAUCCCCACCUGUACACAGAAGCUUUGUAGUGGUCGAUACCUCACUUUUCCCUGGGUGUGGUGAUGAGGACGACGAAGACGAUGGUGUUCACCGCGUUCUGUCUAUGUUCCUCCUACUAGAUAGAAUGUAACUUUUCCAGUGAGAUUGUAAUUGCACUCGUUGACUUUGUAUUGUCACAAAAGGGAGAAAUAAUAAAGUUUUAUCUUUUCCAGUGUGUUUAAAAUC